UCUCAGGAGGCCGACAAACCUCACAGAAGAAAGGGGGAGAAGAAAUACAGCUGUGACGAGUGUAGGAAGAAUUUUACCCGAGCUCAACACCUGAAAACACACCAACUCAUCCACAGUGGAAUUAAAGCGUACAGCUGUGACUUGUGUGGAAAAUCUUUUUCCCGAGCUCCAUACCUGAAAGCACACCAACUUAUCCACAGUGGAGUUAAACCCUACAACUGUGAUUUGUGUGGAAAAUCUUUUACCCGGCCUCAACACCUGAAAACACACCAACUCCUCCACAGAGGAAUUAAAGCGUACAGCUGUGACUUGUGUGGAAAAUCUUUUUCCCGGGCUCAAUACCUGAAAGCACACCAACUUAUCCACAGUGCAGUUAAACCCUACAAUUGUGAGUUGUGUGGAAAAUUUUUUACCCAGCCUGGAAGCUUAAAAACACACCAACUCAUCCACAGUGGAAUUAAACCGUACAGCUGUGAGUUGUGUGGAAAAUCUUUUACCUGGGCUAAAACCUUAAAAACACACCAACUCAUCCACAGUGGAAUUACAGCGUACAGCUGUGACUUGUGUGGAAAAUCUUUUAUCCAGGCUGAACACCUGAAAACACACCAACUCAUCCACAGUGGAAUUAAACCGUACAGCUGUGAGUUGUGUGGAAAAUCUUUUACCCAGCCUGGAGGCUUAAAAAGACACCAACUCGUCCACAUUGGAGUUAAAGCGUACAGCUGUGAUCAGUGUGGUAAAGCUUUUGCUCACAGUACGUACUUGCAGCGUCAUCAAGUUACCCACUCUGGAAGUAAAGCGUACAGCUGUGAUUUUUGUGGAAAAACAUUCCACCGUAUAGAGUCACGAAAUGUACACUUACGCAGUCACACUGGACAUAAUGUUUAUUUCUGUGAUCAGUGUGGAAAACUAUUUACAAGAGAUGUACAGUUACAACAACACAUAUUUACCCACAAUGAGGAGAGACCUUAUAAAUGUGACCUGUGUGAUAAGACUUUCAAAUCUCCACGUUACCUGAGAAGACACCAAAAGAUCCACACCAGAAAGUAACUCUACAAGUGCAGUUACUGUGAGAAGCAGAACGACACAGAUGGAUCCAAUUCUCAACCCUGUCGUCACUGUGGUGGUGGGAAAGAGUUUCACUGUGACCUUUGUGGAAAAACUUUCAAUUACCAGAAAGCCUGAAAAUACAUCAGCGUAGACACACUGGAGACAAAAUGAACUACUGCAAAGAGUGUGAGAGAACCUUUCCCACACUGAGUGAAUUACAAAAAACACGAACUCUGUAACAGUGGGGUUAAAAAGCACGUCUGUGACCAAUGUGGGUCAUCCUUCACCAC